CCAUCAGUGCAGCGACAGCAGCAGCAGCAGCAGCACAAGCCGUGACCUUCUCCAGCCCAUUCACAUUCACAUCCACAUCCACAUCCGCCACCAUGGCCGGCCCCAGCAAGUCUUUGAUCCUCGACCCGGCCCUCCAGAAAUACUACGACCUCACCGCCAACCGGUACAAGUACUUCCGGUGGACGCCGCGCCAUGCCUGGUUCUCUUUCCUGUACAUGGCUCUGAUCCCGGGGGCGUUGGGCUAUGUGGCGUAUAACACUGAGGGCAAGUACGAUUUGCGCGGCAAGCGCAAGGGAGAUACCAUUGUGGAGUGGUAGAGGGUGAUGAUCUGGUGGGAAGAGACAGUAGGGCAGAAGGAUGGGGGCUGGGUUGUAUCUAUUAUACCGCGGUGCAAUUGAUUUCGUUUCGUUGUUUUAUUGGGGACGGAAGUUGUCGUGCUCGGGGUGUACUGGUAGCUGAUAGUAGUUGGGAUCGGUGAGUAGGUACAGUAUAUGAAAGCAUCUAAGAUGCAGGAUCCAU